CGCAAGCAGACACAGCCAAUCGAUGCAGACAAAGCCUUCGCUUUUGUCGCCUAACCCACCUCAAAAACCUCGGCUGCUUCUGCUAUUUUUUAGGGGGAGGAAGCUCGGAGGGAAGGCUCAAAUUUAAUUAAAAAUGAAAGGAUUUGUGGCUAAAAAGUCUUAACCGAGAUGCCAAAGAAACCAAAGCAGAAGAAAGAAGACUGUUUAAAGGAGGUGUGAAUGUAGAGAGAGAUUAUUUGACUGGAAUAUGAGCAGAAGAACAUGUGUGCGAAAUAGUCGUUCAGAGUAAAAAUUUGUUAGAAAAUAGAUAAAUAAUAGAUUGGGCAGGAAACGGACAAAAGCCAACUUAAGAGCCAAAGAAGCCAACAAAAAAUGCAUUGAGGAGAUCGAAUUAUAAAGAAUCUGACUAAUUAUUGUUGUACAAGACCGAUAAGAGAUCCAAAGGACGGCAAUAAGCAGAGGCGAAGAGACCGAUCUUUGCAGUCUGCUCUGCUUCUGGAGGGGAAGAGGCAGAGAAGGUCAAGAGAGAGGGAGAGAGAAUUUGAAGAAAGGAAGAAUCGAGGAGGAGCAGAGGAUUUCAAAGAGUUUAGCAUCGCUUGAUUUGUUCAAGGGAUGAUAGCCAAAGUGUUCUAUUUUCUUUCGGCUGCAACCUCUACUUGCAAAAAGCUAACUUUCGGGCGUUCUCACCUCCAUCUCUUCUCUCGUCUAUUAUAAACCAAAGCAUUUUUUCUUCUUUUCCAGCCAAGCUAAAAGAAAAAAAAGCUGUCUUUUGGGUCAUGGCCGGAAUAGCCGACGAGUUAUCUUCUUCGGUCACUUCUUCCCCUUUAGCAAGCUUCAUGUCAAUCUCCCCGACUUCCCUGGGCUCCCCCUACGCUCCAUGGCUACGUGAUCUCAAAUCCGACGAGCGAGGUCUCUUCCUCAUCCACCUCCUCCUCAACUGCGCCACCCAUGUCGCUGCCGGAAAUAUCGACCAAGCCAACGCCUUUCUCGAACAAAUAUCAUUCCUUUCCUCCCCCGACGGCGAUACCAUGCAGCGCAUCGCCUCUUACUUCACCGAAGCACUCGCCCGCCGUCUCCUCCGCUCCUGGCCUGGCCUCUACCGCGCCCUCAACCCUGACCUCCCUGAAUCCUCCUCCGCUUCCACUUUCCACGCCUGCCGACUCUUUCAUGACCUCUUCCCCUUCCUCCGCCUCUCCUUCCUCGUCUCUAACCAAGCUAUUUUAGAAGCCAUGGAAGGCGAGAAAGUAGUUCACGUCGUCGACCUCGGUGGCUCUGAUCCAAGCCAAUGGAUCGCUCUGCUUCAAUCGCUCGCUGCAAGGCAAGAAGGCCCGCCACACCUACGUAUCACCGCCGUCGGCGAGAGCAGGGAUUUCCUUACCCACAUGGCUUCUAUCCUCUCAAAUGAAGCUGAGAAACUCGACAUACCGUUUCAAUUCCACGCCGUUAUUUCCCGGCUCGAUACACUCAACGUCGAAAGCCUCCGCGUGAAGACCGGCGAGGCGCUGGCGAUCACCUCCCUCCUCCAGCUCCACCCCCUCCUCGCCCCCAACGACGACGCCGCAGCACCAAGGAAGCACUUUUCCACCAAAAUAGAAAGCUUUCUUACCUCGUUGUGGGGGCUUUCCCCCAAAAUCAUGGUGGUGACUGAACAGGAAUCGAACCAUAAUGGUUCAACUUUAAAAGAAAGGUUCAUGGAGGCAUUGUACUUCUACGCGGCCAUGUUCGAUUGCUUGGAGUCGACUGUGCCAAGGCAGUCAGCGGAGCGAGCGAGGGUGGAAAAGAUGCUAUUUGGGGAGGAGAUUAAGAACAUCAUAGCUUGUGAAGGGUUGGAGAGGAAGGAGAGACAUGAGAAGCUCGAGAGGUGGAUGCAGAGGCUGGAAAUGGCUGGAUUUUGGAGAGUGGGUUUGAGUUACCAUGGACUGAUGCAAGCGAGGCGACUGCUUCUGGGAUUCGGUUCUGAUGGGUAUCAAGUGAAGGAGCAAAAUGGAAGCUUUUUCUUUUGUUGGCAGGAAAGGGCUUUGUUUUCUGUUUCUGCUUGGAGAUUCAGGAGGUGAUUAGAUUUGAAUUUUUGUUGAUCACUGGUUCUGAUGAUAUAGAUCAUGUUGUUGAUGAUGAUGAAUAUUUUUCUUGGUAUUAUCUGUUGACCAAUGUAUCACUAAACAAACAUCGUCGUGUAAAGAUUCAUACUUUUCAUGUGAUAUAUAUUGCAGUAUUGUGGAAGCUGGAUA